AUGGCGGAUUACAACCCGGAUAUCUCCAACGGUACCUGCUACUACUACGACGGCAUGGAGGCCGAUUCCAGGUAUAUCCCUUGCGGGAAUGCCGCCCUCGGCCACAAGUCAUGCUGUGAGAGUCUGGAUAUGUGCCUAUCGUCGCACGCUUGCUAUAAUGGUCAAUACGGCGUCACAUAUUUGGCUGGCUGCACGGAUUCUAGUUACGAUGACCCGGUCUGUCCAGAUAAAGGAGAGUUUCAAGGGCAACAAUGGGCCGGGUUGGUCUACUGCAAUGGCACUUCGAAUGAAUGGGUUGCGUGCGAAGAUGAAGGCAGCACAGUUACCACUCCAUCACCUUGCUGGUGUCCCGAUACCGAUUCGAGGACCGUGGCUUUCACCGAUUCCUCCGUCCUCACGAAUAUCAUGUCCUUGCCAGCGACCUUGGGCGGCAGUGUCACCUGGAAAGACGCCGAUGCAUACUCAUCUGAACAUUCUCUCACUUCGACACUUGAUUCCUCAGAUACCGAUACCACCACUUCAACCUCCAUUUCCAAUUCAGUGACUAGCGCAACCGUUCUUAUGUCACCCGCAUCUACCAGUUCCGCAGCAACCUCUACCCUGCCUUUACCUUCCACCUCUUUUCAGACCUUCUCUGCACCGGCGGCCACCUCAACAGUCACGCCUGGCGACUCCGGCUUGAGCACAGGACAAAAGAUAGGAAUAUCAUUUGGAGCAGUGGGUGGAGCAGCGAUAGCGUUGGUUUUUGCCUGGCUAUUAUGCACGUCGUUCCGCCGACGAGCAAAGAGAAGACAGAAAGAGAAGGGAUCAGCGCCAAUGAGGGAACCCACGCUACCGCAGGUGGAGAGGAGGCCGAGUGACGCAGAGAUGAGGAGUCCGGCGUGGUCAGGUCACAAGUCAGAACUUCCCGCGGACGAGAGUGUGACCAAUGCCUCGCCAGCACCUCGAUACCAGGACCUUCCGACGAGACCGCAGAGUGCGGAAGUAGAGGGCAGCCCGGUGAGAAUGUCGCCUACAAGACCUACGCAAGACGGUGGAUUAAGGGUGCCCGGUCGGAAAGGAACGUACUACGAGAUGGCCGGAUAA